GGCUGUUUACACCCAAUAUCGUGUAUGACAAGGGCGGCAACAGUGCUAGACGCGCUGCCAGCUCGGUGGGACCCGAGAGGGACCCUGCCGGAAGACUACGAAAACAACGUCCCGGACGAUGAAUCUGAGGACGAAAACGUAAUUGAAAUAGACAGGAAGAUCACAACAUACGGUUCCCUCGGAGACGUCCUUCGCGUCUUC